AGGCUUAACAACACGUGGACCAACCCCAUUAGCUCUUUCCAUCACCGCCUCUCCUUUGCCGUAACCAUCUGGGCUUCCUUCACUCCUAUAAAAAUCGGUCCGCGGACUCUUCUUCUCACACAAUUGCACCCUUACAAAUUCUUCUUUCUUUGAAUUUUCUAAAGAAAAAACAUGCAGAUCUUCGUGAAAACCCUCACCGGCAAGACCAUCACUCUGGAGGUGGAGAGCAGCGACACCAUCGACAACGUCAAGGCCAAGAUUCAAGACAAGGAAGGCAUCCCACCGGAUCAACAGCGUCUAAUCUUCGCUGGAAAGCAGCUCGAAGAUGGCCGAACUUUGGCCGAUUACAAUAUUCAGAAGGAGAGCACCCUCCAUCUUGUCCUCCGUCUCCGAGGAGGUAUGCAGAUAUUCGUCAAGACCUUGACCGGGAAGACCAUUACUCUCGAGGUCGAGAGCAGCGACACCAUCGACAACGUUAAGGCAAAAAUUCAAGACAAGGAAGGAAUCCCACCAGACCAACAACGUUUGAUCUUCGCUGGGAAACAACUUGAGGAUGGUCGGACUCUAGCUGAUUAUAAUAUUCAGAAGGAGUCGACCCUUCAUCUUGUGCUCAGGCUCCGUGGAGGGAUGCAGAUUUUUGUGAAGACCCUAACCGGAAAGACUAUUACGCUGGAGGUGGAGAGCAGCGACACCAUCGACAACGUCAAGGCGAAGAUUCAGGACAAGGAGGGGAUCCCACCAGAUCAGCAGAGGUUGAUUUUUGCUGGGAAGCAGCUGGAAGAUGGCAGGACUCUGGCGGAUUAUAAUAUUCAGAAGGAGUCAACCCUUCAUCUUGUGCUCAGGCUGCGUGGAGGGAUGCAGAUUUUUGUGAAGACAUUGACGGGGAAGACCAUUACUCUGGAGGUGGAGAGCAGUGACACCAUUGACAAUGUCAAGGCGAAGAUUCAGGACAAGGAGGGGAUCCCACCGGACCAGCAAAGGCUGAUCUUUGCUGGGAAGCAGUUGGAGGAUGGAAGGACUUUGGCUGAUUAUAAUAUCCAGAAAGAGUCCACUCUUCACCUUGUCUUACGCCUUCGCGGUGGCAUCUAAGGGUCUCUGGUUCUGCUCAAUGUUUUCUAUUAUGUCAUGUGUGAUUGGCCAUCUAAGGCCUUAAGAAUACUGUUUUUAAGUUUCCUAAUUAUUGAAUAAAAGUCUCAGCAAUUUCUGGUUCA